AUGUCAAACUUUGAUCCUAAUGCCAUUCUCCGUGGUGCUCAACUUACCUUCGUAGGUGCUCAUCGCGCACUCCAAAACCCGGACCUGUUCACGACAUCUCAUUACCAGCAAGCCGCCAUUGCUGUGUGCGCAGGAUUGGCUAUUCGAAUCAUUCUCAACAUACCAAUUUACUUGGUAAAAUUCCUCCUACUUAUCAUCUCCAUCUUUGUCAACCUCGACCAUGAAACCUGGGACGACACACUGGUCAAAGGUCUCGAUUUUAUUUCCAAAAGUGUCCUCCAAGCUCCGUUCUUCCUCAUGAUGGUCAUGUCAUCUAUCACUCCUACCCUGGACAACCUAUUCAUGGACAGCCUCGCAUGGGUCGACCGGACGUAUAUACAGAAGCACCAAUCCGAUGACCCAAGCAAACUUCGAGCCAUGUACUAUCCCACACUUAAGAUGUAUUCGACACACGGAGAACGAGAGAAGAAGGAGAAACGGUCUCUGUUAGACGGGGUCUUGCUCUUUGCCUGUAAAUACGGCCGGCGCGCCGCCAUUUCGCUGGGCGUGUACCUGCUCACGUUCCUCCCGGUUGUCGGACCACUGGUUCUCCCCGCUGCAAGCUUCUAUACCUUCAACAAAGCCGUAGGGCCUGUCCCUGCAGGUGUAAUCUUCGGCUGCGGUUUGCUGCUACCAAAACACUACAUGGUCUCGUUCUUACAAACGUACUUCUCUAGUCGCAGCCUGAUGUCGCGGUUGCUUGAGCCAUACUUCCAUCGAGUACACUUCACCAAAGCGCAGAAGAAGAUCUGGUUCCUCGAUCGCAGUGGGGUCCUCUUCGGCUUCAGCGCCGCCUUCGCAGUCAUGGUCAAAAUCCCACUUCUCGGUGUCUUGAUAUACGGAAUUGCUGAAGCCAGCACCGCUUACUUGAUUACCAAAAUUACUGAGCCGCCUCCACCACCAAUGACUGGAGGUGAGUCUGAUCCUGAAUUCUUAGAGAGUGAAGUCAGAUGGAAGAAUAAACAUCUUUUCCUCAAUUUGCCGCUUGACCGCCUGGAUGAAUUCAACGCAAAAUUGAGUGGUGCUGAUUCAUUGAAGAAACAACGACAAGAAGGGCCCGAGGAUGUUAGAAGGAAAUUUACGUAG